GCCCUUGUGCAAGAGAUCUGGCCCUCGGAGUCUGGAGGAAUGCUCCCUGACCUGCGGAGAGGGAGCAGGCGGAAUUUCCAGGAAUGAGCCUUUGGGAACCACAGGCCUUGGUCGGCUACAGUGGCAGGCAGCACCAGGCACAGUGCUGGGGAGAGCAUGUGAGGUAGAUCCUUACAGCCAUAAUGGAUGAUUUAAACCUGCACUACAGAUUUCUGAACUGGAGGAGGAGAAUCCGGGAGAUUAGAGAGGUUCGAGCUGUCCGUUACCAUGAGAGAUUCAAACACAUUCUUGUUGAUGGAGACACAUUAAGUUACCAUGGAAACUCUGGUGAAGUCGGCUGCUACAUUGCUCCUCGUCCACUGACCAAAGACAACAAUUAUUUUGAGGUGUCAAUUGUGGACAGUGGUGUCCGUGGGACUAUUGCAGUGGGGCUGGUGCCUCAGUAUUAUAGCCUGGACCAUCAGCCCGGAUGGCUACCGGAUUCAGUUGCCUACCAUGCCGAUGAUGGCAAGCUUUACAAUGGCCGAGCCAAGGGCCGUCAGUUUGGGACGAAAUGCAGUUCAGGGGACCGGAUUGGCUGUGGCAUUGAACCAGUGUCCUUCGAAGUCCAGACGGCCCAGAUAUUCUUCACUAAAAAUGGAAAGAGGGUGGGCUCAACCAUAAUGCCACUCUCUCCAGAAGGUCUUUUCCCAGCUGUGGGGAUGCACUCAUUGGGGGAAGAAGUCCGGCUUCAUCUCCAUGCAGAACUGAGCAAUGAGGAGGACGACGACAGCAUCAUGAUGGUGGACAGUUAUGAGGAUGAAUGGGGCCGACUGCAUGAUGUGAAAGUCUGCGGCACACUCCUGGAAUACGUGGGGAAGGGGAAGAGCAUUAUUGAUGUGGGCCUGGCACAGGCCCGGCAACCCCUGAGUACCAGAAGUCACUACUUUGAGGUGGAGAUUGUAGAUCCAGGAGAGAAAUGCUACAUCGCCUUGGGCCUGGCUCGCAAGGACUACCCAAAAAACCGUCAUCCCGGCUGGAGUAGAGGAUCUGUGGCCUACCAUGCAGAUGAUGGUAAGAUCUUUCACGGGAGCGGAGUGGGUGACCCCUUUGGCCCCCGCUGCUACAAGGGAGACAUCAUGGGCUGUGGGAUCAUGUUCCCUCGUGACUACAUCCUUGACAGUGAAGGUGACAGCGAUGACAGCUGUGACACAGUGGCAAUCAGGGCCAAACCACGAGGGGUGAGAAAUGUUCUUUACCUGCACCAGGAAGCAGAGGAGGACGACGAUGAGGAAGAGGACGGGGAAGACAUGGAGCAGGAGCACGAAGGCAAGAAAGUGGUGGUGUUCUUCACGCGCAACGGGAAGAUAAUUGGCAAGAAAGACGCUGUAGUCCCCUCCGGGGGCUUCUACCCCACCAUCGGCAUGCUGAGCAGUGGAGAGAAAGUCAAAGUGGAUCUGCACCCACUCAGCGGCUAAGGAGCAUUGAGCAGGGAACCAGCCUCUUCCCUUCUGCCAUUCCUUGAGAUGUUCUUCAUUGCACUCCCAGCCCCCACCUCCAGGGGCAGGAUUUUGUCUGUGGGGCCAUAUAGAUGUCGAACACCAUCUGAGCCAUGUUAUCUUGUCUCUUUCCUGCUUCAUUGCAGCUACUCUCAGGCUCACUGUGCCACUGUUGGAUGCCGGAAAAAACUUGGGCCGCCUCUUUCUAAGCAGGUCUGGGAGGAGUUGCGGAGGAGGUGGGGGCCUGAACCUCUUCCCACUCCUCACGUUCCAUCUGUCUCUGCGGGCAGUGCAGCUUUGAGUGUGGUGACUACCGCUCCUCCAGUCUUUAGAAGAGCGAUUGUGAAGCAGCCUGGCCCACUUCCUUGGUUUCACACUGAAAGCAGGCACAGGGGUCGGGGGCCAUUCUGGGUGGAGUUCGUUCCGCUGCUGAUGGAAGAGUACAACUGCUCUCUACCAUUCCUACGGACUAUGUUGCAUUAUUGUAUCACGCACGGACUCUUCUCUCACCCCUCCCCAGGUAUACAUGCUAGUUCCACACAGUCUUACCCAGAGCUCUGUCUCUCUCCCAAUCCCUUGCCUGCAGGAAAUAGCUCCAUCUCCUUACACAUGCUCACUCUGCCGCUUAAAGCUUAGCUUGUGGUCCAUGGCUCCUAUCGAAAGGAACGGGACUUGCCUGGAUAGAUGCUGCUGUGCUGGUUUUGAGGAUGGGGCGAGUGAGUAUGAGGAGUCUGUUCUAGGACUGCAGUUCCCUGUGUGGUGCUGGACAAGAUCCAACACCUCUAUCCCCCCUUUUGUAGCUGCUGUGUCAAGGGAGAAACCUCGCAUCCCAGUUGCAGAAUUCUUUCCUUACUGUGGUGCCUGUGUGCCAUUUGCCCCAGUGCCCUCUUGGGGGGUGGGGAUUCUGUUUCCUGGGCCACUGAGAGGCAUCCUGGGUGCAAACCCCCAUUACAUCAGGUCUGUCACUUUGGGGAGGAGACAGGGAACAGGAAUCAUGCCUUCCCAUUGACUUCAAAGUAUUAACUCUUUCCUUUUCUCCCCCCCCCCCCACUCACUAGGGCUGGUCCUGAGUGUAUAGCCCUGCCUCUUGUAUUCCCUCUCUGGGGUCACCUGUCCUCUGCAUUGUGCUUGCUGUGUAGUCUUUCCCUGUUCUGUCGCUGGGCUUGGAGAAAGGUUCCUCGGGAAGGGUGAACAGAACACUGUCAAGAUGCCAUUGAUGUAUGUCGUUAUGGCUGGUCUAUGACAGGAGAAGCCAAAGAGAGCAGUUCCUCUGAGCCGCGAAGCACCAGGCACUUGAAGGACAAGCCAACGCCCUCCUGGGAACAAACGUGAGACAGAAGAUGGUGAACUGGCUCCCUCUGGUGGUCUUUGUGGACAGUUAGCUGGCUUUGUUGUGAUUGUCCCGUUGUUAGAGUUGGUGGUGUGGGGCAAACACAUUUCUUGCUGACCUGUUACUGUCUUGCCCAUCCCCCUGGACAGGUGGGAGUGUGAGAGUGCCUCCCCCUUUGACUUCUGCCCAGGCUGCUGAUGCAGCUUCCAGUGACAGAUGCUUCCCCCUUCAUAAUGUGAUUUGUGGUUGCAGGAGGAGUGGGCGGGGAAGGGGUGCCAGUCUGCAGGAGAUCACAGCAGGCUUUGCAAGCAAAGUUCCUGGCUGCAGCCGUCUCUGGAGGGAAGCAAAAUACUGUGAUUCCCUCUGCCUGUUGUGAAGUCUGUUCUGGGGCCGUGCAGAGUCGGGGACCUCGAUUCAAUCUCUCUCCUCUCCAGCUCGGCGUGUCUCUGUCUCUUGCCACAUCUCUGUAGACAGAGUCCUUAUACACACAGUAAAGCUGAAAUUUUCAUAUUUCUCCAGCA